UGAGACGUUUUCACCCGUGCUUGGCACGACUGCUUGGUCUAAUUGUGAGCGUGGAAGCCCGGAGAGAACCUUCCAGUCGGGAUUCUAGACGGGACCUUGUCGUUGUCCUUAGGGGCGGAGGAGCUGGGGGGCCUCUGGCCAGGCAGCUUACCUGGCGGCCAGGAGGCCUCGAGGCCCAGAUGCCUUAUCGUGAAAUUGAAGCUAAGUUUUUGGGACCUGGAAAAGGACUCACAAGGGAACCAUGCUAUAAAAAAUUGAAGUCAGCUGCAGAUGAUUGUGUUUUGCCCCAUCAAGGUAGUCCUGACAGUCACAGACUCCAAGAGAAAACUAGAAAUAAUAGGCUCCCUGUGGCCACCAUUAACUUCAGAAGACGGAAUUGUCCUGAGGAAGACAAAACCAGAACUACAGAUGUGUUGAAGCCUUUGUGCAAGGAGACACCUGAUAACAAAGUAGAUGGUGCUAAAUCCGGUAGUUCGCAAGCUUUGCAGGAUGGAAAACCUUCAUCACUGUCCAGGGACGAUGAAAUCUAUAGCACAAGUAAAGCAUUCAUAGGCCCCAUUUACAAACCCCCUGAAAAAAAGAAAUGCCGGGAAAGGAAAAGUGAGACGGGCACUUCCAAUAGUGUAGAUGACAAAAGAAGACAAGAAGAAAAGCAGAAAUGUAACUCCAAAAAAUUAGAGAUUGACACGGAAUUAUCCCAGUUUUACAAAGAAAUUGAAGAGCUGGAAAAUGAAAAUGAUGCUUCACAGGGCAGUUGUAAGGUGUCAGAGCCUUCCCAGGAGCAAGUGAUUCCUUUUGACCAGACCAAUGAUACCUUAAAAUCUGAGGAAGAAAAUAAAGAUCUCAAUAAUGCUCUUCAGUUACAUUGUGGUUACCUGGGUUACUUGGAGGAUGAACCAGACAACUAUCCCUAUGAUGAACAAGUGAUACCUACAUUUUGUGAUUCUUCGUUUCCUUCCUUCAGACCUGAGUGGCAGUCAGUACAUCCAUUUGUCAUACCCCGUGGUCCUCCUCUUCCCAGUUUUAAUUAUCAUUUUAAUAUUCAAAGAUUCGAUGCCCCACUAAAUCCACCAAAUAUUUUCCAUGGGCAAGAUGAUUGUCUGAUGCAGAAUGGGUGUUAUGUGGAUAGUUGUCAGGAUAGCUGGAACUGUUUGACUUUUGAUCAGAGUGAUGAGUAUACUAACUAUGGUUUGACCAGCAGUAAUGUUCAUCCCUUUAGAAAUGGCUACAGUAUACAAGAUGAAAGUGUGAAUAAUGGUUUCUGUGAAAUCAGAGAAUGCUGGAGAGAUCCUUCCAUGGAAGAACACAAUAGAACAGACAGGUUUGUGAAUCAGUGGUUUCAAGAGGAGAAGCUAAAUAAAUUGCAGAAAUUACUUAUUCUUUUGCGAGGCCUCCCUGGUUCUGGAAAAACAACAUUGUCUCGAAUUCUGCUUGGUCAGAGCCGCGAUGGCAUCGUGUUCAGCACUGAUGACUAUUUUCAUCAUCAAGAUGGGUACAGGUACAAUGUUAAUCAGCUUGGUGAUGCCCAUGACUGGAACCAGAGCAGAGCAAAACAAGCUAUUGAUCAGGGAAGAUCUCCAGUUAUAAUAGACAACACUAAUACACAAGCCUGGGAAAUGAAACCAUAUGUAGAAAUGGCCAUAGGAAAAGGAUACAGAGUAGAGUUUCAUGAACCGGAAACUUGGUGGAAGUUUGACCCUGAAGAAUUAGAAAAGAGGAAUAAACAUGGUGUGUCUCGGAAGAAGAUUGCUCAGAUGUUGGAUCGUUACGAAUUUCAAAUGUCCAUCUCUAUUGUGAUGAAUUCAGUGGAACCAUCACAGAAAAGCAUACAGAGACCCCUCCCUCUCCCGGAGGAGCCGAGAGAAAGAGUUUUGAAGAAAAGUGGGUACAGGCUUGACAAACCCAAAUGGAAGAGAAACAGAAAAGGAAAGAAAAGGAACUUCAGUUUUAGUGAGAACUCACUUGCAACCUUAGGUCACCUAGCACCAGGCAUUCAGGGUUCAUCUCAAAGCAAAGGGGAAGAUUUUGAAGAGAUCAGGACAGAACCGGCUCAUCCCUUUACUGGCGGCCUACAGAAGGAAGCAGGAGAUUGUGUAAAUCGCUGUGAAGAGCAAAGUUGCCAAGGCAUAGAGAUCUCAGACAGUUUCCAAAAUGUUGUGUCUACAGUUGCAUUGGAUCACACACCUAAAAACUGCUUUCCCAAGGAGGAGGAGGACCUGUUUCUAGCCUUAUCAUUGGUACCAAGUGAAAGUUCUGCCUCUUGUCACACAAGCGCUGAACAUCUUUCUUGUGUAGUAGUGAGGGAUGGCUGCUCAGGCAUGAGGGUGGAAAGACACAUGAGGAAUAGACCUCAGUCAGCUUUAGAUACGCAGGACAUAUUUGCUGAGACCCCAUGUUCAUUUUCGCAGAAGAUGGAGGUGACAGAUAAAAGUUGCCCGGAUGAGUUUGCUGUGCAUUGUCAGAGUGGAACCAGAAUGUCAGAGGAGAUUGUACGAGAAGAAAAAGGAGUUCAAAGCGAUUGCUGGGCUUUUCUUACAGCCAGUUUGUCUGAUGAAGAAUUAUGGAUAAGGUCUGAGAGCCAGCCUUAUUUUGGCAGUUGGCCCAAGGGACCUCGCAAGUUUGUGUAUGAACAGAGACCCAAGAAAGAUAGAUCUCGGAGACUGACCUGUCCUGAUAGUGAGGAACAAUUGACUAAGUUAAUUUCCACUUCUGAAGGAGCAGCAGGCUCAGGAAGUGGCCCAGAAAUACCAACGGAGAAGCAACUGAGCGAUUUGUCACCUAGAGCUGAAAUGGUAGAUUUAUCCAGAAACCCAGAGGCAAAUAUAUCCAGUACUUGUAUCCCCCAUCUGCACUCCCCAGAGCAUCCCUUAGAGUCAGCAAAGGGUACCCAAGGGAUGCAGGAGAGGAUUUGCAAUUUGCCCCCAAAGUUUAAGUUACUGGGACAGACUCCUAUCAACCCUGAAGCAAAGGAGAAAUGUGACCCCUUAACAGAAAAUCAUGAGAUGAACACUUUUUUGGUGGAGGAAGAUAUUUCCACAAUAAUCAAUAAAGAUGAGACAAAGCAAAAAAUGAUGAUCUUUGACAGUCAUCUGCCAUUGUUUUACCUUGAUACCUUCCAUGAUUCUCCUCGAGGUACUAUCCAGCAAUCUUGUUCUUAUCGCCUAUCAUUUAACAGAGUCGGGUGUGCUGUGUAUUUUUAUAAAAACCCUGUUCCUUCUCUCAUGCUACAUUAUCUAUCUAGUUUUUGCAUGCUCUCUUUUAACAACAAAAGAGCACUUUUGACAUUCAAAUCUCAGAAAAGCAUGGAUAGGACACUAAGCGAUGGAGGGUUUAUGCCCUCAGACAUACUAAGUGGCCAGCCUGCUGCUCUUUGCUCUUUGAGGAUUUCCUCUGAUACUCAGUUUCCAAGUGAGAGACUGGAUGAAGAGCUGAAGACACGGGAACACAGGGAGCCAGUGCAGUGUUUACCAGCUGAGGACAGCCAGGAUUUAAUAAGCAGGAAUCGUCAGUGUCAUGGGCCGUUAUUGAAAGAGCUUGCCCUCCACCUGGUCAAACAUUUUGCAUCUCCUAGAGUUCCAAAAGAAAAGGAAGAAGAAUCUUGGCAAAAAUGAAAAUCCCUUGAGUCGUAAGUACUUCUCGCCACCGCAGAGAACCCAAUAUGGUCAGAAGGAAAUGAGUGUUGACAUCGCCUGGUUGUAAUAGCACAGAUGUAUUGCAGUUGAAGAGUUGUUACCAUGGCAACCCUGCCUGUGCUAUUGCGUGUUCAAUGCUUCUCUUCAAUCGUACAUCUUUCUGUGAACCACAACAAAGCUUGGAUUGUUGCUCCCAAGAUUUAGUCCAUAUUUCAUUAGUUAGAAUGCAUUUCAGAGCAUUCUGGUGACACAGUGU